CUUAAAUGUGCCAGGCGGAGCCACCGUAUCCAGCGCACGCGCUUUAUCAAAAUCUAUAUUAAAAUGGAGGAAAAGAGUCAAGUUGUGGAACGAGAGGCUAAGAAAGAUGAAAUUCACGAAAAAGAUGGGAAGGUGAAGAGUUCAAAAAAGAGAAAUCGUAAGAAGAAGAACCAGAUGGCGCAAGCCGCCACUGAGAAUCAUGACCAUGCGGGUCAUAGGGAUGAUCAUGAUAUGCACAGUCCAUGUAACAUUUGGAUGAAAGACAUACAAAUGGCUAUGGAAGUGUUUAAUAUGCAACAAAAGCCUGCCAAAACUCAGGAGGAAGCUAUGCAAAAGCCUUAUCAAUUUUGGAGCACGCAGCCAGUACCAAAAAUGGAUGAAAAAAUUGUAAACAAUGAACCCAUUGAACCUGACAAAACGUCCAUAAGGCAAGAACCUUAUUCGUUGCCAGCUGAUUUUCAAUGGGAUACUUUGAAUCUCGAUGAUCCUUUAGUCUUAUGUGAAUUGUAUACUUUGUUAGCUGAGAAUUAUGUGGAGGACGAUGAUGCAAUGUUUAGAUUUGAUUAUCCACCAAAUUUUUUGAAAUGGGCACUGCAACCCCCUGGAUGGUGCAAAGAAUGGCACUGUGGGGUGAGAGUCACUAAAAGCGGACGUCUAGUCGGUUUCAUUUCCGCUAUACCAGCUACUCUACGUGUAUACUUCCAUACUCAGAAAAUGGUGGAAAUUAAUUUCUUAUGCGUGCACAAGAAGUUGAGAUCAAAACGAGUCGCGCCCGUCUUAAUACGAGAAAUAACUAGGCGAGUUAAUCUACAAGGUAUAUUCCAAGCUGUGUACACUGCUGGUGUUGUAUUGCCAAAACCAAUAGCAACUUGCAGGUACUGGCAUCGUUCACUUAAUCCAAAGAAACUAAUUGAUAUUAAGUUCUCUCAUUUGUCUCGUAACAUGACGAUGCAGAGAACUUUGAAACUAUACAAACUGCCAGAACAUACAAAGGUGCCAGGAUUCAGGAAACUGGUCGAAGCAGACAUACCACAGGCUCACAAAAUAUUGACUGAAUAUUUAAAGAAGUUCGACCUGGCACCGAUAUUUUCCUUAGAAGAAUUCCGACACUGGUUCCUCCCUCAGAACGGGAUAAUUUACAGUUUUGUAGUUGAAAACGAGGGCAAAAUUACCGACAUGGUCAGCUAUUAUAUAUUGCCAAGUUCCAUAAUGCAUCACCUGAUCCAUAAGACUCUCAGAGCCGCGUACAGUUUCUACAAUGUAUCCACUGUAACUCCUUGGCUAGAGUUAAUGACAGACGCUUUGAUAUCAGCUCGCAAUCUUGGGUUUGAUGUGUUCAACGCGUUGGACCUCAUGGACAAUAAGGAGUUCCUGGAACCCUUGAAGUUCGGCAUAGGCGACGGGAACCUUCAGUACUACCUGUACAAUUGGCGUUGCCCCAGCAUGACGCCCGGGAAAAUUGGUUUGGUGCUCCAGUAGAUUUCUAGCUCAACGAAUCGUUGUCUAGAAAAAAGGAAAAGACACACACACUCACAGAAUUUCGCACGUGCAAUUUUACCAAGAGAGGAUUAUUGGUAUUGAAACAAAAAAAGGAAAAAAAACAAACGGGGGAAAAACGGAAAUUAAUUAGAGAAGAUACACGAUGAGCGACACUGAAACGGGAGCAAGUACGACCUCGACAACUUCCACCGGCGAUUGGUCCGACGCACAGACGACUCGCGAAGGGGAUCGAUAUAGCCUCCCUUCUGAUCAAACAGGAUGCACCAUUGGAUCCGUCGGUUCCGCGGGAGUCAUCCUUGUCUCCGCUUUCACUCGUGCUCACUAUGAUAGGUCAAGGCCAAAAGAUCGAAAUAUGCUUGUGCAGCGGCGCGUGUGUAUAUACGUAUUUGCGUGACUCGAGCAAUGUAGAUAAAUAUCGUACAUUAGUAAUUUGCAGAAUCCACGCAGCGGGAGGGGGGCAAUGUUGUUCUCCCCCUCCCUACCGGUGGGUACGUCAGCCACGAGGAUAUCCACAGUUUUCAAAUAAAGGCUCCCAGACGCUGUUAUACCUUAGCCCACGUUGAUACUUGGGCUAUCCCUUCAGCAUCUUCUUAAUUAAAAAUAGGUCGCAGAAAGUAUGCGGAAGUGAGAGUGGAAGAAUUUAAAUAAAAUCGA